UAAAUAAUGGUUAGAUUAGAUUUAGACGUCGAAGUGAAGAAAUGUAUAGAAUGAAAUUUUUUUAAUUAAACGGAAAAAUUAUAACAAGAAAUACAUUGUAAGAGUUGAAAUCAUCAACUGAAAGCGGGAAAAUAAUGGUUUGGAUUGGAUUAAAGAAAAAAGUGGAAAUAUACGCACCCAAGUGAAAAGUAUUAAGAAAAGAAAAAAAAAUAAUGAAAAGAGUCUGAAAUAGCUAUCGCAAGAACUCAUCCUUUUCCUCGUAAUUCCCAAAUAAACAGCAAUUUAAAAUGAAAGAUAACACGCUGAACAGUAAAAAUGGUUCCAUUGAUAUAUCAAUGGUAGAUUCCAGUACAACUGAAGAUCCUUUUCAGCCCAUUAUUGAAAAAGCUGGCAAUCAUGGACGAUUUCAAUUGAUUUUCAAUGUAAUAUGCGUAAUGAGCCUCUCAAUUAUGGGAUCCAUGAUGUAUAUGAAUAUAAUUUUAGCUUUAAAUGUACCCGAUCAUUGGUGUACAGUGCCCGGUAGAGAGACUACGAAUUUUACUCUAAGUGAAUGGCAAAAAUUGACAUUACCCACAACUAAAGACAAUCGUGGGGCAGAAAAAUAUAGCAGCUGUGAAAUGUAUGAUGUAAAUUUUACAGAAAUUGAUGAUUGGGAGAAUUGGAAUUCAACAGCAGCAAAUGUCACAGUUUGUAAAAAUGGCUGGACUUAUGAUCAAACUUGGUUUAAACAUACCAUACCAACACGGGAGAAUUGGGUUUGCGAAAAGGAUUUAUAUGUGACAAAUAUUUUCGUUGCUGGACGUGUAGCCGAAGUGGUAGGAUCUUUUCUGCUUGGUCAAAUGGGUGACAUUUUUGGUCGUCGUAUUGUUUAUUACAUAAGUGUUCUAUUAAGCUCCUUUGGCAGAAUUUCAUCAAUUCUGACGACAUCUCAUUAUAUUUGGUUCUUAAUAGUUUCCUGCUUUACAUCCUUCUCCAUUAAUAGUGUGUUUCAAUCACCUCAUAUAAUCGGCAUGGAAAUAUCAAGAGAUGAAGAUCGCAGUUUAAUAACAAUGUAUCACAAUUUUGGUUGGUCGGUUGGUAUAACAUUGGUACCUCUACUUUUUUGGUGGCUACGUGAUUGGGAAUCUUUUAUGUGGAUAUCGUCGGUACCAGCAUUAGUUUUCUUAUUAAUAUACAAAUAUGCCAUUGAGUCUCCACGUUGGUUGAUUAGCAAGAAACGUUUUGGUGAUGCUAUUAUACAAUUGAAGAAAAUUGCCAAAGUCAAUGGACGCCAUUUUGAUAUGACGGAAAAUGAUUUGGCUCAAAUUUACUCCGAAAUCAAUCAAGAAGCUACUUAUGGUUUUGCUUCAAUGUUUAGUGGCUGGCGUUUGGCUAAAAAUACUGUGAUCUUGGGUUUCUCUCGCUGUGUUGUUGGCAUUUCCUACUUUACCAUUGUGUUGUUUAGUACCGCCAUAAGUGGUAAUCCCUUUCUAAAUUUCCUUUUACAAAGUGUAGCAGAAAUACCCGCCUACUUUAUGGGCAAAUAUUUAGGUGAUAAAUUUGGACGUCGUUUUACUAAUAGUUUUUCAGCCUUUAUAUCAUUUCUCACUUGUGUACUGAUUAUAAUAUUAGCAGCGGAGAAAAAAUACGAAUUCAUGGUCAUGGGUUUGGCUUCAUUUGUUAAAUUCUUAAAUGCAGUCUCUUAUUUCACGGCCAGCUUGCAAGGCAUGGAAAUUUAUCCCACUUGUAUGCGUCAGACUGGCUGUGCUUUUGGUACUAUUUUGGGUAAUUCUGCUGGUACUUUGGCUCCCUAUCUUGUGUAUUUAAGUAGCACUGUUGAUAUACGCUGUCCCUAUUAUAUUUUGGCUACAUUAUUCUUUAUUAGUUCUGUCGGUACACUUUUCUUGCCCGAAACUUUGCACAAAAAACUACCUGACACUAUGGAGGAGGCGAGACAAUUUGGUGUUAAUGAUAAAUUCUUUAGUCUACCUAAAGCGCCUGCAGCUAAUCACAAUUUAACAGAGAGAAAGCGGACGAUUGAUAAUACAGCAUUAGAAAAGCUGAAUCAGGAUCAAUAUGCUCCCUAAAGGAUUUUUAUCUUUAGUUGUUUUAAUGAAAGUUUUCUUUAAAGACUUCUCCUUUAUCAUUGUUUUGUUUUAAAUAUUAAAUAGUUAUAAAAAAUGUAGACAUAAUAUUAAGAUCAGAUUAUCAUUUUGAUUAUUAAGUAGAAUGAAUGGAAGUUGGAUGAGUGCAUAUUUGCUUAAAACUUGGACUAUAGUGAGAUGUCAAGUUUAGAGGUCACCACCUACGAUCAACCAAAUUGAGGUCUUCUUCUUUAUACAUAUCAUGGGUAAGAGUAUUCUUAUGUUCAAUUGUCAGUUUGUGGCUAUAGCUACAUAAACAACAUUUUAUUUUAUAAAAGGUUUAUAAAACAAAAAUUCCAUACAAAAUUCAAUGAAUAAAUCAUUUAU